AAAAUCUUGCUGGUGAACAGUUGAAUUUGAAAAAGGUUUUAGAUUUUUGCCGCCAUGACCAUGCCAGACGGCCAUGUUGAAAUGAAUAGUUUAGUAGGACACGCGAUAGGUGAUUUUUCGUCGGUGGGUAAUGAUUUGAUAGGCAAUAAGCCAAUAACCUUGAGGAUUCGAGCUUGAUAACAUUAUCACUGCCUUAUUGGCAAAGCAGUUUAUUUUAGCUCUGUUUAUAGAGUGGUGUUCGAAAUUUGAAUAUAGUGAUUAUUAACGACAUGCAUAUCUCACCAGCACGCCGAGUUGUUUUUGAGACUGAAUCUCCUAUCUUCUUUCCUUAUGGAAAAACAAGGUCUAGAAAUGUACUUAAAGACUUUGAAUCUAGGCCGGCAGCUACAAAUAUCAAGGUGUUGUUCUUGAGCUGUGAGGAUCUUCAAAAAGCUUUUCAAACAACUGUGUCUCAGUUGUUGAACCCUAGACAGCUGCACUAUCACAUAAAUGAUAAUAAUUUGGCUAGUAUUGCACGGAACAUAUUGAUUGUCAAGAUCAUCUCAUCUCCAACCUUUGACCCAAUGAAGAAUGAAGACCUCGAAUAUGUUUGGGAAGUUUGGUAUGGAGUUUAUUGGAGUAGCCAAGACAUUUGUGUGCGAUUCAAGAAAGACAUCAAGAGUUUGAUAAGUGGCCAUCUGCCUGAAAACGUUGAACUUUAUCCUAACAAGUGCCUCCAGUCCAUCACAAAUAUUUGGAAGGAAUGGCAUUCUUCCAUUAAUCCAAAGAAAACAGAUAGCAAUAUUGCGGCUAAGCUCUCUGAAAGGACUGCAACAAAUAUGGCAGGCUGGCGCUCAAGUUUCCCUAAAGAUUUAACAGAAGCGGAGGGAAAUGCCAAGCUAAUCCAAAAUAUUGUGGACCACAUGGUAGUUGAGCAUUUCCCCCAAGAGCUCAAAACUGCCAUAGUCUUUGAAGUGCACAACUUUUUCUUUGAAUUGGAAAGUGACAUUCCGAGUGGUCACAAAGGAAAAGUCAUUAAUCCUACCAUGCUGGAACCCAAAACGAAACGCUGGAUUGUGCAUCAUACCGUCUGUCCUUUUAAUAGCUACCUUCCGCUUCCCUUGAACAAUGAACUGGAUCCUCUGAAAGCUAACGAGGGCUGCGCUGCAACUUAUUACUGCCAAGGUGUAUUGCAGACACGGCUACAUCUUUACCAAAAGAAGAAAGAAAAGAUCAAGUGGGUCUUUCACCUUGGAGAUCCCAUUGAACUGUGCUACUCUUUAACGGAAAUCUUUGACGCCAUCGACUGUUCUGGACUAUCGGAUGAAGUUGGUUUAGCUAAUCUUGUCAAUGCUGCUGGUAGGAGAUUAAGUCAGGAGCCCGAAUCCGUUGUGCUCCUCGAAACGAGCACCUGGACAAGAUUGGCACCUACUGUCGUCAGUUACUUGGAAGAAGCUCUUUGCGCACCACUCAGUAUGUUGCCCACCAUCUACGGAUUGAGGUUGGCUGAUCCGCUUCCUAUUGGCGCCUCGAUUCCACCCGAAUCACUUACCAGAACAACUGUUUGCCUCACGUUGAAAAGAACCCAUUCCUACCAGAACUUGAAGCUCGAUUUUGUCUCUUCGUUUCGCCCAUGGCUUUCACGAUUAGCUCGACGUUGUUUUUCACCGGGUCAACCACCAUUGGAAGAGGUGUGUGGAAUGGAAUGUUACACUCCCAUGACAUUUUUCUACGUGGUUGGAUCAGCAGCUCAGCGAAUGGACACAACAUGCGAUGCCUUGCGGCAGGUUCAAAAAUUAUUGAACGAAUUUGAAGAUUCAAAUUUGUUGGCUUGGCGAACGUUGUGCCAAUGGACGUGGCUUUCCGUAUUUCCUUUGAUUGGAGCUGCCCAUCUCGACUCGAGCGCCAUGAGGAGAAUCCAACAAGUCCUGGACGAAUUCCCAAGAGUUUCGCUCUUUUGGACCACGGUGCCCUUCGAUCGGAUAGAGACGAAAGCUUUUUACGAGGCUAAAUCAAAUUUAAUGGGUCCUCCGAAGCUCCGCCUUUCAUUGAUACCCCACGACGUCUAUGCAGACAUGUCGAUGGAUAAACCGCUCGAUCUUUCUCAGUGCGUUGGAAGAGCCCAUUACAUUGAUAAUGUUCAGUUGCGGUUUAAAAAGGAUCGUACUUCCGGAUGGGUUACAGUGUCCUUUCCACUCAUUUCGGAUCAUGGAUUGGGCGAAACGCACAGCGGAGUCAUCGUCGACGUUCAAACAGGAUUGCCACUCAUUCCCAUAGGUCCUGUUCGUUCACUUCAAUCAGAACCUUUCACUCAGUCACAUCCUUUUGCUGAUCCUGGAUCCAUUUUACCUGACGAACUUAUCGAACCACCGCCCUUGGACCAAACGUUGUCCAUGUCUGUAGUGUGUUGCUUGGAGGAGGAAUGUCAGUACAUUAUCGUCAUAAGUUGCUUUUACAAAGAUGAACGAGAGGAAGAAGGACCUUUGCAAUUCGUUCCUGGUCUUACGUGGUUCGUGGAUCGUCAACCUCCCUGUGAAUCUGCCCAUCACAUCACUUUAGUUCUGGACCAAUCCUUUGGCUCGCAAACUUUGGCAUUGUCCGUGCCGCAUCCUUUCAUCGCCGAAACUGUGGUGGCUAUGCCGACUCGACCUGGAGAGUUUCGUCUGCUCCUUCAAAAGGCCGUGAACGAGCCUUGGCCAGCCCAGUUCAAUAUUCGAACUCAACCAGUUUUUAGCAACUUCCACAUAAAUGAUUUGGCCAUUCAUCUUGAGCAACAGUUUGAUUUCAUCCAGACAUCGACCGAUCUUUCAUCAUUGAAUGAAAUUCGACACCUAAUAGCUCGCUUGUUUGAUUUUGUGGUCAAGGAAAACCAGACAUUCUUCAUGAUCGAAAAUUCAAAGGCGCGACUAGAAGACGACGAAUCAAAUGAACCGGAUUGGUACUUUAGAGUCCACCUCCCCAUUGUCUCCAAUGAAAACGGACAUCCGGUUUUGAUGCUUUCGGCCUUUGACUCUAGUUUGGCUCCUAAACUCAUCCUCAAGAAGAAAUCGACCAUUGAAGAAGUCGUGGCCGAAUUCAACCAGAUUUACUUGGAUGAAGCGAACCAGGAGGUCAAAUCUAUUCCAUGUUUUCAAACUUGUUCAGAAACGAGCCAAUUAUUUCGCUUUAUAUUGCGACUGAAUUCGACCAAGAUUAGCAGAGACUUUAAGGAACAUGGACCCAUUGCCUUUUGGCCUUAUGGAGAAAACAGUCCGUGGUUGGCAACAUUUCUGUCACCCUGCUACUCGGAUCGCCCUCGUUCUAUUUCCGACAUUUGGAUGGAAUUAUUACGCAAGAAGAAACGAACGGAAGAGAUUCCACAUCAGAAAAAUAUCUGCACCAGCUGCCAGCGAGUGACCACAAAAGCCAAGAGAUGUGGUCGUUGCAAGUUAGUUCAUUAUUGUGAUGCUACCUGCCAGAAGAAAGAUUGGAUCAUUCACAAACGCGUUUGCUCCAAAGUUUAAACUAAUGAUGCUAUUAUUUAUUUCAUUGUUUUGAUUUUCGAGUUAUUCCCCUCAUGAGAAAACCAAGUUGUAUUUUUUUUUAAUGACCGUUUUUCUUAUUCGGUAACGGUUCCAUUGUCACCUUUUUAUUUUCCUCUCUCGCUGUAUUAUUGAAUUACAGUGUAUUCGAAUUCGGAACCCAAUCACACAAACACAUCAUUUUCUCACACCUGGGUUGCUGGAAGCUCAAACGUUUUGUGCCUCCGUCAGUAGGUGGCUAAAAUCAAGUUGUCCCCCAGCCGCCAGAUGACGCGAGUGUCUUUGAGAGAGGACGAAACUUUCGCCAUUUUGUUUCGAAACGCCAAGUGCAAUUGUGCAAAGGUAUUCCAAAUUCAUUACGGAAUUGCGGUGUCGAACUGUCGAUCUACAUUUUCAGCAUGAAAUUUAAUGGCAAUCUGGCAUGUAAUUCCCACUUGGCCAAACAAUCGAUCACGUGGACUGAAACUGCUUUCCAUUUUGCCGAAAUGUCCUGGGUUGUUAGCUUUACUUGUUCGGAUGUACGUCUCAUAGCAGAAACACUAAAGAGUUGGUGUUCAGGUUGGAGAUCCCGUUGCUUAAUUGUUUCAGAAUGUGAAAACUCAAUUAAGUCUGAGCUCCAUGGACGGCAUCAUUACAGUGAUUUUGUUGGAGCCAGCUGGUGAAAGGUGUGAUUGAGUCAAGUUGAGCUGCAGCUGCUGCAUGCAGUUUAUCGAGCUGGUGUUAUCCUAAAGUGUCAUUGCAGGAAGACUUUUUGAAACAGCCUUGCGUGAUACUUAAACUAUGCCUGUGCUGUUCAAUGUGCAGUGGUUUUGCAGCCCGUUUCCAGUUGAGAGGCGUGUGAUUAUGCAGCUGAUACAGGAUUGAAGAAAAAGAACUGAAGUAGCUGUGCUGGUGUUCUCCUGAAAUUGCUGUAGAGUUGAAGAUAGUGUUUGGUUCCUCAUACAAGUUUAUUAUAAAGAGUUUGAAGAUGAUUAGCCACUUCUGCCAAUAACUUAUGUAAAAUUUCUAAGUUGUAAGAAAUAUACAAAUCAAGUGCUAAA